GCUGCCGUCCUGCCCACGACCUUGGAGUUCUGCUUCACUGGAUCUGCGCGUGUUCCAUCAGUCGCGGCGGGCAAAGUCAAGUCCAGCAAGGCGGUCAAGAACUGGUCUACCCUCCGGGAGAAGCUCCGCGAUCUCAUCAUCCAGGCCCAGCCCGAGAAGAUCGUCGACCACUUCAAAUCGCUGGACGACGUCCUGGGCGACGGCGAGGAGACUCCAGAGGACAUCAUCAAGAGGCUGGCGCAGGAGCACGCCGGUGACAUCCAGGAAUGGCUGAAGUUGAAUUCGCUCGAGAAGCUGGCGCGCCACCACAAAGCAUUUAGACGCUUCACCCACGGCGUCACGAACGCGGUCGAAGAACACGUCGAGGCGCACGGCAAGGGCACUUCGUUAUUGAAGGACGUGAUCAUGCCCAUACUCACAGAAGCGUUACCAGUAAAGCACGAGCGGUCACUACUGUGCUCUUUGUGCGUCAGCAUCAAGGAUCCCGACGAUGAGACCAAGCCGAUCCUGGCGGCAUCGAGAGCGAUGAAAUCCAUCUUCGGCGGCGAGAGCGCCUCUGCUGCUGCUGGCCACUUCUCUUGUCUGCGAUCCAGGUAUAUCGUCCGGGGUUUGGCGGGCGUCCUCGCGGGGCUGCCUGACCUUGAUGCGGCCGAGCACGACGUGGCAAAGCUACUGAGGGACGUUGCGAAAGGAGAUGCCAACGUUGCACUGACCAAUCAAUUUUUCGCUCAAUGGGACAUCGCUCUCAUGCUGGACCAGAACAUAAGAGGCGCUUGGAGUGACUCGUGGGCAGAUCUACUCCAAGAGCUUGCUGCGCAGUACGCUGGGAACUCGAGGAGCCCCGCCGAGGCGCUCAACGAUGUCGCCGAGAAUCUUGUGAUGAGGGCCGCCGUGCUAACGCAGAAGAUGAAGCAGCAGCAGGAGGAGGCUAGCCAUCAAG